AUGUCGAGGAAAAAUAAUAGUGGAAAAAAGUCAAAUUUGUCUCAAUUUGGACUUUUGGAUAUUCCUGAUUUUGAUGAUGGGGACGAGCAACUCAAUUUGUCUGAUGAUGACUUUGAUCUGGAAGCUGAGUUAGCUGCAAUAAGCGGCGGUGGUGGUGGACGGCAAAGACCUAAGAAACCUGCACCUGCACCAGCAGCUAAUCUUGAUGCAAUGAUUGCAGCAAGCUUAAAAGACAUACCAUCUGAUGAUGAGGGAUCAGGGGACGACGAUGAUCCAGACUUACUAAACGAGCUUAAAGAGCUUGCUAUCGAAGACGAUGAAGCCCCAGCCCCUCCCCCGCGCACCUCCCGCCCCGCCCCACCUCCCCCCGGCAGUGCAGCGAGCAGCCUCAUCAGCCUGCUACAAGACAGGAUCACCAAUUACACCGCAGCAGAGAAGAGCGCAAAGGAAAGUGGGGAAAGCAGUCGAGCGAGAAGGUUCGGUCGGGGCUUGAGGACUCUCAACGACCUGCUGAAGCAGGCGAAGACGGGGAGACCGGUCAGGGAGGAGGAUAUCCCGCCGCCGGUCAGCCUGGGCAAGCCUGGUGCCGAGCAGACCAGCCCCAGCGCGCCGCCAGCGGAGCCCCCGCAGGAGACGCCGGCGGAGCCCCCGCUGGAGCUGCCAUCGGAGCCCCCGGAGCCCCCCGCGCCCCAACCGGAGCUGCCGCCUCCGCCCCCGCCCAGGGUCGAGUCGCAAGGCCUCAGCGAGGAGAGGCAGCAGGGCCUGCAGAUUAUCUUGAAGCGCAAGGAGGAAUUUAAGGCGGCCGCCCUCUCGUGCAAGCACGCCGGCGACAAAGCCUUGGCACUGGAGCACCUGAAGGUGGUCAAGCAGUUCGACCUGGUGGUGGAGGCGUACAAAGCCGGUGAGGAGAUGGACCUGAGUGAGCUGCCCACCCCCGAGGCGAUCGCAGCCGGCUUCAAGUCUCAGCAGAGGGUGGAGGCGGCAGCGCAGAGCUCCACCGACAACCCCCCUGAGCCCGCGCCCGAAGCGACGCCCGAGCCGGCGGGCUUGAUCAUGGCUUCCACCCUCGAGGAGGCGCUGCAACAGAGACUCGCAGCUUUCGAGGAGCUGGCGGCGAGGGCCAAGGAGCAGGGCAACGCGGCGAAGGCGCGCCGCCUGGGGCGCGUGGCGCAGCAGUACCGCGACGCGGGGCGCGCGCUCGCCGCCGGCAAGGCGCCGCCGCUCGACGAGCUGCCCGCGCCGCCCGGAUACGGACCGCUGCCCGCCCAGGGCUCUGGCCCCGCCGCCUCCGCCCCCGCCCCCGGCCCCUCCACGCCGGCGCCGCCCCGCCGUAGCGCCGCCCCUCCGGCCGCCCCCUCCCCCGCCUCCCCCUCCGCCCCCUCCGCCGCACCACGCGGCCGGUACGAGCGCCAGCUGGCGCUGCUCAUGCACAAGCAGAAGGAGUUCAAAGAAGCCGCCCUCACCGCCAAGAGGAAAGGCGACAUGGACCUGGCCAAGGAGUGCCUCCGCGCCGCCAAGGGCUUCGAGCCGCUGCUGGAGGCGGCCAGGGGCGGGCUGCUGGUGGACCUGGAUUCGCUGCCGAGGCCGCCCAGCGCCAGGAGGCUGGAGGGGAACACGUUCGACGUGAUCUCGAAGGAGGAGUGCGACCCGGACGUGGAACCUGCCACCGGCGGCGACGUGGCAGCGCUGUUGCAGCGGCGGCUGGCGGAGCAGCUGAGGCGCUGCCACUCGCUCCGCGACCGCUGCCACGCGAUCGGCCACGUGGCGGAGGCGGAGCGCUUCGACCAGCUCGCCGCCAGCGUCAAGCGCGACCUGGAAGUGGUGCUCAUCGCCAAGAGCAUAGGGCAAAACCACCCCAAGUUCCACUAUGAGAAUCGCGAGUUCGCCGUGCUGCAAGUCAACCCGGACCUUAACGAGAACGAGCUGGAACUGAAGAUCGUCCGCGGGAUCGCAUACAACGUUCCCAAUCCCAACGACAUCGACACCUAUGUCAAGUUCGAGUUCCCCUAUCCGCCGGAGGCGCCGGAGUCGGGGCGAACGGAAACCGUGAAGGACACCAACAACCCUCGCUACGAGGCGGUGUUCAAGUUGCCCAUCCAGCGCUCCGCACGGAACUGCCUUCGGGUCUUCAAGCGCCACGCCCUCAAGUUCGAGCUGUACUCCAGAGGCGGCUGGUUCAGCCGGGACUCGCUGCUGGCCACCGCCUCCGUGAAGCUGGCCCCCCUCGAGGAGACGGUCACGCUGCACGAGGCGCUGCCGCUGAUGGAGGGGCGGCGGCCUGCCGGAGGCUCCAUCGAGGUGCAGCUGAGGGUGCGCACUCCGUUGCUGCGCCAGCAGAUGUCGCGCGAGUCGCUGCGCUGGCUCGUCAUCGACGGC